GACUUGCUUCCAUUCAGCCACGGGCACUGAUGUUUGUCAAUUAGGCCUUGCUUGCAGUCGGAGUUCUUCCACACCAAUCUUGACAAACCAUUUCUGUAUGGACCUUGCAUUGUCAUGCUGAAACAGGAAAGGGCCUUUCCUGCGAUUACUUUAUUGAGAUCCUCCAUUAAUCUUAUUUGUGAGUUGAUGCUGUUCAGGUGGGUGCCUUCUCCCUUGUUAGUUCAAAUGUUUUAAAUGAAAGUCAAUUAACUAAGACCAUACCCAGCUGUAUUGGUGUCUAUGGGAGACCCACCCAUUGUGCCCUCUUUCCAGUACAAGACAUCCUUAAAUCAUGCACAGAUGUGUGCGACUCUUGGCUGCAGUAAGACAUCUGUAGCCUAGAUUUACGUUAAUACUUCUAAACAUAAUGUUUUGGGUUCUCAUACUUACAAUGAUGUUUUGAUUGUUGCUUGACCAGUUGCUAAGAUUUUAUUUGGUUGUGAUCUUUGCUAAAUAACUAUUUUGGGUGCAUCAGUUGCUUACACUCGUUGACAGUCUGUAGCAAAAGCUAACCAAAUAACCAUGUUACUGGUUGAAGUGUUUAUAAUGCAGUUGGUUUACGAUAGUGACAAACAUAUUAGGGACAAACAAAAGUAUUAUGAAAUGCACUCGUAAGCAAAAGGUAAACGGAGGCUUUUUUUUGCUUGCGUUCUGUAAGAACUCGUUCGUGUUCUGCCACCAACUUGCGAGCAUCGCCCUCGUGCGGCAAAGUGACCACACAAGAAAGGGAGUCUUCAAUACCACCCGGUUAAGGCCUAGGUGAACUGUCGUCAGUUUUCAAACUGAGGCGCAACAUCGCGGGAACGCUUGCGAAAAGACCAGGCCGGGGUUUAAGUAGUCAAUGACAGAACGUUCUUCAUUACAAGUUAAUUUACUCAAUGUAAAGACCCAGCUCAAAAUUAAGCAAAUGUCAUAAGUAGUUGAACAUAUUUUAAAAAAUCCAAUCUCGUGAAAGUGACAAACUGACACGUUUUGUCGAAAACAACAUAAUAUCAAAGGAGUGCAUUUGAUUUGAGACCAUGCGCAGUUCAGCACGAGACGACGGAUAAUGUUAAGUGUUUCUGAGCAUGAGUUUUAAGCUAGCCAUGACAUCACCUACAGGUGUGAUCGGGGAUUUCUAUUGGAGACAGAAAUUGCUUCAAUAUAAAUACUGUUCUUUCUUUGAUAUUGUCAUUUAUCCACGGUCAUUGCCAUACGUCCCAAUGGUAAGGACGUCCCAAUGAUUCCGAAUAGCACUAGCAAUUUAUUCACCAUCUUAGUGAAGUUUUAACAUUUUGACAAAGGUGAAAGAGAUUGACCCGGAACAACAUAGCUAAGUAGCCGGAAAGAGGUUUACAGAAAUAGUAGUUUGCAAAAAGAGGGAUGUAUCCAGCUAGAUUGGACCUGACUAGGUCGACGUUCUCAUGUGCCCAUGGAGAAGGCGGUCUUUGAGGGGUGGCUGGAGUCAGUCUCCGCCUCUUUCCUCUCGCUUAGUGACCAGCAGCGCAACCAGUCCCUGGACCAGCUCAUCUCGCUGAGUAAUGCUGUCCAGCUCCGGCACCUGUCCAAUGGGCUGGAGGUGUUGCUUAAGAGGGAUUUCCUGCGCCUGUUGCCCCUGGAGCUCACUUUCUACCUGUUGCGGUGGCUGGACCCGCAGACCCUGCUUACCUGCUGCCUGGUGUGCAAGCAGUGGAACAAGGUGAUCAGCGCGUGCACGGAGGUGUGGCAGGGCGUGUGUCGGGACCUGGGCUGGCGCAUCGAUGACUCCAUCCAGGAUGCGUCCCACUGGAAGGGUGUCUACCUCAAGGCCAAGCUGCGCAUGAUGCAGCUGAAGAACCAGGAGGCAUUUGAGACGUCGUCGCUCAUCGGGCACAGUGCCCGUGUCUACGCCCUCUACUACAAGGACGGCCUUCUUUGCACAGGCUCUGAUGACCUUUCUGCCAAACUGUGGGACGUACGCACCGGGCAGUGCAUCUACGGCAUUCAGACGCACACCUGCGCCACGGUGAAGUUUGAUGAGCAGAAGCUGGUGACUGGUUCCUUUGACAACACCAUUGCCUGUUGGGAGUGGAGCACGGGGGCCAAGAUCCAGCAGUUCCGUGGGCACACGGGUGCAGUGUUUAGCGUGGACUACAAUGAUGACCUGGACACACUGGUGAGUGGCUCGGCCGACUUCUCUGUGAAGGUGUGGGCGCUGUCGGCAGGCGCCUGCCUCAACACCCUGACGGGACACACCGAGUGGGUCACCAAGGUGAUUCUCCAGAAGAGUGAAGUAGAGUCCAUGGUCCACUGUCCUGGCGACUACAUCCUGUUGAGUGCUGAUAAAUUUGAAAUAAAGGUUUGGCCUAUAGGCAGGGAAAUCAACUGCAAGUGCUUGAAGACUCUGUCCGUGUCAGAGGACCGCGGUGUGUGUCUGCAGCCUCGCCUGCAGUUUGAUGGCCGCUACAUUGUCUGUAGCUCGGAUCUGGUCUACCAGUGGGACUUUGCCAGCUUCGAUAUCCUCAGGGUCAUCAAAACACAGGACCCUGCCAACCUCUCCCUGCUCAGCUUUGGUGAGGUGUUCUCGCUCCUCUUUGACACCGACUUCCUGUAUGUCAUGGAUCUGAGGACAGAAAAAAUAACUGGCCGCUGGCCCCUGCCCGCCUACAGGAAGUCCAAACGAGGCUCCAGCUUCCUGCCGGGAGUCACCUCCUGGCUCAAUGGGCUGGAUGGGAGAAAUGACUCUGGCCUCGUGUUCGCCACCAGCAUGCCCGAUCAUAGCAUUCACUUGGUUCUGUGGAAGGAAAACACCACUAGAGGUGAAACCUACGAUGGCUAGGUUGUCAACUGUCAUGUAAACGGGGUGCUCUGACUUGAAACCCAUAGCCAAGUUAGAUAAUGCAUGGACCAAAGUGUUAAUGUUUUUUCUACCUUUUCUUUCUCGACACAUGCUCUCAUAAUCAAACAUCAUGCAACGUGCUUUCAGAAAGACUAUUGGAGAUGGUUUCACCAACUGAAACGCUGCUAUGAAUACAAGGGGAUGAAAGGCCCAGUUCAGAGGGCAACGGCAGCGGUUGGUGUUAGUUCCAACCCUGCCAUGGAUUCUCUUGAAGGAAAUACGACGACGGGGAGGGUGGCUGAAUGAAGACGGAACUCUCGAGAAACUGCGUGGUCAUGUCAGGCUCCACAGCUGUAGAUAUUUCCCCUGUAUUACUAUGUAUCGGGACCUUUACACUUCGGACAGGGUUCUUCAAGCAGCUCAGAGACUGGGAGUUGCCUUAACACAGUACUACUUUACAAUGAAAUACAUUAUGACUGUGUCCUAGGUUUUUCAUAGACUGACCAACCAUCCCCAUGAGAAUUCCAUGUUGACAUUUUCAAAGUGGUUUAGUGCAUUGGAUUUGUGAAGCGUUUGUUGGGUAUUCAGUGUAACUCCAUUGUUGGAUAAUGCUUUUCUUAGUGGUGCUUGUUUUAAAAGUCAACUUGAGAAAUUUAGUCGUGCCUUUUUCGUUUGAUUUAAAUAUCCAUCUGUGUGAUAAGAAUUCCAUUACCCAGGCACACUGCAAUAACAUGACUGUGUUGUACAUUUUCUUUCAUACUAUAACAAACUGCAUACAAUGUAUUUCUAAUACCACUAUUUACCCUACAUGAUUCACUUGAAUAUAUUUUGUGAAUUGAAGUAUAGACCAAGUUCAGUUCUAGGUUAUUUUUCUAAAAGGCUUUGAGGUUGGAAGUUUUCACAAUGUAGUGAUUUGAAAGUGGGCAAUUCCACUUUGUUACAGCCUGAAUUUUAAAUGGAUUCAAUUGA